AUGUUUUGUCCUCAAACACGGGAGACCGUUUGGAAAGAAUGUAUCCCCGCAACCAGUCAUUUCAUGGCAGCUAGGAGCGUGGUGCAGUGGCAAGAGCGGUUGCCUGCGAAGCCUAUGAUGAAGGUUCGAAUCUUUUUGAGGCUAUCGAUUUUUGCCAUUUAUUUUUUUGAUGGAUCAUGAUGAACAUGUCGAAACUUCAUAAAUUGAAACGUUCAAAACCUUUCGAUAACCAUUUUCUUGCAAAAACAACUUUUUCAACAAAAUUUUUUUUUGAAAAUUUCUUGAAGUUCUGGUCGACCCUAAAAUCAUCAGAGACUGAAGAUUUCCUUUUUAAUUUCAAUAAAAAGUGAUUUUUUUCCAAAAAUUUUCGUAGUCUAAAAAUGUUUUUUUGCAAAUGAAUUUGAAGAAAAAAAUUAUUUUUUUACGAUGUGAAGCAUGCCGCAAAAAAAAAAUUUUUGUUGAAAAAGUUAUUUUUGCAAGAAAAUGGUCAUCGAAAGGUUUUGAACGUUUUUGUUUAUGAAUUUUCGACAUGUUCAUCAUGAUCCAUCAAAAAAAUAAAUGGCAAAAGUCGAUAGCCUCAAAAAGAUUCGAACCUUCAUCAUAGGCUUCGCAGGCAACCGCUCUUGCCACUGCACCACGCUCCUAGCUGCCAUGAAAUGACUGGUUGUGGGGAUACAUUCUUUCCAAACGGUCUCCCGUGUUUGAGGACAAAACAUUUAAAAAAUCAUAUCUCCAAAACGAAAAGUUUGCGCAGAUAGCGACUAUGCGGGAUCGAUUCCCAGUCCAUCAAAGAUGCUUUGAGCAAUUUUAUAGAAAAUUCCAAACCCUACGCAAAAAUGACCUUGCAUGUUAGUCAUGUGGCUGCGUAAACGCAGCCAAUAAAAGAAACGUGGCGUUCACAUUCGCGUAACUGACAGUCAUUGUCGCGGUUCUUCACCGACUGGUAACAAUGGGUAACUUUUCAGACUUUUAUUUUUUAUCACCAAUGAGUUGGCGAGUCAAAAAAGUUUGAAGUUUCAUUGAACGAAUUUCCACCGAAAAAUCUAGUUCAAGUUGAACUUGUUUAAGUGAGAAAAUAAGCGAAAACGUGACUUUUGUCGUGAAAAACUUGACAUUCGACUGGAAAAAACUGCGCUUUUGGAUGAAAAAAGCCCAGGCCCUCAACAAAUGAAAAAUUGGGUUCGUAGCGCGCUAGUUGCUCUAGCUGAUUCACGGUUAGCUUGGGAGGGGGCGUGUCCUGUCUACGCUCUCCACGAGCCAGGCGCUAUCUCGUGCAUUAUCGUGUCAGGACCCGUUUUUCGAUGGCUCAAGCUAGGCGUGAAUCAGCUAUCAAAACGGCGCAAAAAAUCUUUCGAGCAGUCAGUUUUAUUUCAAAACGUUUGUGGAAUGCUCUUCAUUAGACUUUUUUUUUACAAUUUGUAACAUUCUUCUGUUCAUUUCAUUAACCGUGAUUAAAGUUAUAAUGCGACGUGCAUUUUUGCGCGUCCCCAACUAGUACUUGAGUUGCUAAAAGUGACUAUUUUGACAUAAGAAAAAUUUUCGCCGAAAAAUUUCCCUCAUUAAAGGCAUAGGGGCAGUAAAAAGCGGGGUUUCCGGUGAAAGCAGUAUCGUAUAUAGUUUUUCAUUGCGAAUCGAACUGUGCUAUCGAAAAAAUUACAAAUGUGACUUCUUUUGAAGAAAAACGCGAUUUUACUUUCCCGCCUUUAAUUUUGAAAAUGCUUUGGAUCGGUAUACAGACAACUGGUUACAGUAGCUGUGAACGCGAUGUCGCGGACGUCUCAUUAGACUCGCGUUUUGUGAGAAAUAACCGGAUAUCUCUUUCAAAUUAAGAGUUCCUUUUCUGAAAAAACAUUCAGUCAAGCAAAAAGCACUGAUAAUGAAGGAAACACAAAGUAUUGCAAUCAUAAUCGAAACCUGCGUAAAAUCAUCAUUUUUCAGCAGAAAAGCAUUUUUGCGAUCAAAGUUCGCAAAUCAUACAUCAAUAGAACGUUUUUGUGACAUAAAGAACAUUGGUGAAAACAGAAAAAAUUGAAAUUCGAAAGAAACGAAAAAAAAAAGGAAAAAUCCGAAAAAUGGUGAAGCGUGUUGUCCAUAGAGCAACUUUACUGCAAAGCGCUCUUUUCGCGGGAACUCAAACUUUCCUCCCUCCGACUUUGAAUCAUUUUUUUUUCUACAAAACUAGGAAGUCGGUACGUUUCCAAGUUUACCGUUCGAUUCGCAAUGAAAAGCUCUACAAAAUACUGCUUUGAACUGAAACACCGUUUUUUACUUUACUGCCCCUAUGCCUUUAAGCUAUGUGAAAAAUUCUGCAGGCCAUUUCUGAUCAAAAUGCUAAUGUCACAUGUUCUCUCAAUACUUACUUCCAUGUAUUCAAAGCGCAUAAUCAAAGCGCCUGGAAGCGACUUUACGAAAUCAGAAAUGAUUCCCGACUCUCCACAAAUUCUCAGGAAUUCUCUCUAGGGCUUGUAAGAGUUUUUAAGUGAUUUUUUCAAUCUAUUUCUCCGCGUAUUCUUUAAUUUCUCAACGCAACUUUGAACGCGGCUUCGAAUUCGGAGUCUUGAAAACUUUUUGCUAAUUUAUUUUGAUUUAUUACCGCUUUUGCAAUAUUUUUUAGUUCAAAUUAGGUUUAAAUUAGCCUUGUAAGUUCCAAACUUUGUUUUUCAAGGGUCGUCCAAACCUCGUCUGAAAAGGCAGCUAAUUUUCGCCUUCGGUUUACUGUUUUGCACUUUGUCAAAGGUUACAAGUCAAGGUAAACUUUUUUUCUUCUAUGUUCAGUGCAUUCAACAUGCCAAGUCUAGUAAAGGCUUCAAAAAAGUUCGUAAUAUCUAUUGGGUUCGAUAAUAUUCGUUAGCAGGACAUCCUCACAAUGAAACAACGAAGAAAAAAAAAUCGAACGAUAAAAAAAUUUUAAAAAAACCAAGAGCCAGGUGAACUUUUUUUCAAUCAUGGGUAAAAUUGAAAAGUUCCUUUUUAGGAUCUCCAAAGGAUCCUGAGAGUUUCUCUAAAAGCUCUUCAAAUUAUGUAAAAAAGCUUUUGAGCUCCUUUUCAUAUCCUGAGCGGAGCCUUUUUGAAUCCACUCGACUUUUUUGUUGAAGAAUUUGAAAAAAAAAAAUGCAAAAUUGAAAUAGAAACCCCCUUUUUUUCCAACACAGCUUAACACACGUUCUCCGAGAUUUUCGAUUAACCGUUGGUAAAAAAAUUUCAUCUUUGUUCCUGAGAGCUCUCCUUGCUAUCAUGAAUAGUGAAUAACCUCUUGAAUAUUUAGAACCAGGUUUUAUUAGGCUCCGCCCCCUUUCAGGCUUACUGUAGAAAAAACAUCGUAGAAACCAAACUUUUUCCUAGUGGAGCAAAUUCGUCCAAACAAAUUUUAAAACAAAAUAUCUUCCCAUUUGAACAUUUGUAGUUAUAGAACUGACCCGGAAAAAUUUUCUUUCAGAAGGGAAAAAUUCAAGUUUUGCACGCGAAAAAUGCAUUGAAUGGAAGGGGGAAUAUCUCGCGGCGGCUAACUUCAACUGCCAGGAGGUGGCGUGGUGUAGUGGCUAGCGUCCUGCGCUGUGGAACCUAUGAUGUCUUGAAAGAAGAACAUCUUAAAAAGAAGAAGAACAAAGAAUGAAUCUCAUAAAAAUUUUGUUUUUAUCACAAAUUUUUUUAAAUAAAGUAGUCGACCAUAAGCCCUAUGGUUAAAAAAGGAAAUUUAUAGCGAAAAAAAUUUUUUGUCAAAAUUAUUUCUCAGAAGGGCAUAAAAUGGUGAAUUUCAACAUUUUGAGCUGUUUUCUCACUCCAUCUUCAAAACUUACUAAUUUUUUUGAAGAAAAAAUUGGCAAAAAAAUAAAUUUCCCCCAAAAAAGGACCGAACCUGCAUCAUAGGUUUCACAGCACAAGGCUGCUAGCCACUACACCACGCCACCUCAUGGCAGUGGAAGUUAGCCGCCGCGAGAUACUCCCUCCUUCCAUCCAAUGCAUUUUCGCGUGCAAACUUCGAGAUGCCAUAACUCUACUACAACCAUAAAUGCGCACUUUUUUUCAACUUUAUUGGAAUCAGGGUGUCCCAAAGUACGUAUAUACCAAGUUUCAUCGAAUUCUCAACCCACCAUUUUUUGCACUCCCCGUGUGAGUAUUAAACGCUAAUAACCUGUUUUUUCGACCAGCUUUGGCUGCGUACUUGAGAUAUGAACUUUCACGCCAAAAUUUUUUGACGUUUCUCCACCCCGUUUGGGAACGCCGUGAAAGGCUUGUCGAAAUUAGCUCGUGAUACCAGAGAUAUCUUCGAUUUUUUUUUUCUGGCGUGUAUCGAAACAAGACUUUCCGCUUGAUUCCAGAGGCAUGUUGCAUCAUUCGACCUCUCUGUUCUCAUCCUGUGCGGUCGUGUCGUCCUCGUCUCUCUACUCUAAUCCGAUGGCUGGUAUCAAGCGGCCUAAUCUUGGCAAGGUCUCUUCCCCCAAAAGAUCUCGUACUCCGCGUGCUACCGUAACUUCUCAAAUGGCUUCAAUCGUUGAACAACUGGCUGAAACAAAUAAAAACAUGGCUCAACUCGUGCUCUCGUUCAUGAUUGUAAGUCCCUUCCUCGUCCUCUUAAAAUCAAGUUCGAUACUGUUGAGUCUCGCAAUCUGUUCAUUUUCAAGGCUCGUCGCGCUGUCUUAUCUCUUCCUCAGAUUCCUCCAAUUCCUUUCUUCAAAGUCAGACGCGACAUGACUCUUCCUGAGUUGGCCCUUCUUAAACGCAUUCGCUUUCGUGUUUUUCUUCUGAACAAGGAGAAUCCCAACUCUUUUUAUGUUCGAGAUCUCUCUAUUGCGCGAAAAACUGUCAAAUCGUAUCCUAAAAAUCAUGUAACCCCUAUUUAUUCUUCUGAUGUCAAUGUUAAUCCUAUUGCUCCUAUUUCCAAUGCUGUCAAUGUUAAUCUCGAUCCUGUGAAUUCAUCCCCUCUUCCUGACGCCAUUAUGUCGUCACCUUCAUCUCAUGUUUAA